AUGUUUGUGAAAGUAGUCCUAGAUGAUUUGACUCGUAUAGUGUUGUAUUGUCGACAAUAUUUGCGCUUAAACAGUGGAAGAAUCGCACACUUUGCAUGCAACUUGCCACCAAGCCGUCGACACACAGGCUCUUCCCGCGCAAAUGUUGUCCUCACCGCGGAAGCACUAUACUGCCAAAUCCACCUAUAUUGUAGACUUCUUUUAGGAUAAUG